AUGGGCAAUACUUUGGAGCGUCCCACUGCCCCCGGCGAUGAAUUUCCGUGGCUCUUUCAACAACUAUGCAUACAAAAUCACGAGAAUCGUAGGCUAGCCAACGCACUUCGAGAGGAAAACCGUCGACGGAGGCACCCGGAGAAUCGCGACAGGCAGCCUUGUAGAUUCUAUGCGCAGGGCUUUUGCUUCCACGGUACAGACUGUCGCUACGCCCAUGAUGGACCAGUGACCCGGACCCGACAACCAGACCGUCGUCAAAGAGAACCUUCCUGUCGCUUUUCUCACGAAGGACCCCGACCUCUUCAAGAAACAUGUCGCUUCUUCGCCAAAGGAUUUUGUAAGAGAGGAGUUACCUGCAGAUAUGCUCACGAUCAGCCUAACACCGAGUGGUCGGAUGAGCCCAAGCAUGACUCCCAUACCGAAAAGUGGACUCGUGAGCUUGGAGGUGCCUGGGUCGAAUUUGGAGAUGGAGCGGCUGUCGUGAAAAUCACUCUUCUCUCGGACUUUUCCGCUAUCAAAUGCGCCAUCUGCCCUCGAGGUCGCAUCAGCGUAUCCAUAAGCGAUAUCAACUUUAUUAAGCUCGUGAAGGAUCGGAACGGAAUGGCAAUCGUCAAAGUCAAAGAUCCGGAAUUUGCAAAAUCCGCCUGUUGGAAACUGCGUACCUGUGUUCGAGCACCCGACUUGGAAGUCACCCAAAUCCCCGUUCCAUUACCAGAAGGAUCAUCAUUUGGCCUCGUCGACAGCAGAAACGUCCGCUGCUCAUGGCACAGACCGACAAGAAAUCUAACCCUUUGCUUCAGGGAUCCAACACAAGCAUUUGAGGCGUAUUACAAGCUCAAAAACCAGCAACUCAACAUCGGUGGCUUGCCAGUAGUAGCCCAAAUGCCCACCGCAGCGGAUCCCACACAAAAGGAUGGGCCAUGGCAGAUGGAGUUGAAAGGUUUGGUGGCUACUAUUCCUCCGGAGGAUAUCAUAGACAUCUUUCCCCCGUCUGGAGCACCUUAUCAGGUUGAGAUGGGUGAUCCAAGUUACGAUACGGACUCGGAUAUUGACUCGACUAUGAUAAAGUCCUUGCUAUACGACGUAGGCGCCUUGGAACAAUGGGAAGUGUUCGGGAGUCCUACCGCAAGAAGAGUCAAGGCACAGGCCCGGUUCAUUCAGGAAUCCGAAGCGCUGGAUGCCGUCUCGCAAUUAAACGAGAUGUGGUUGCCGUUCAACCCAUCAGGAAAACUUUACCUUCAGCACGUACAUCUGGUUAAGUUUAGAGUUUCGAAUCGCGUCUAUUGCGUAGUUGAAGACAGCAUCGAGCCGCUACGGAAAGACUGGGAACGGCAAUUUGUGUAUUUUUCUUCGGUCUCUGAGCGCGGCUACAGAGUUCUCAAGCUUGAGAGCCAAGAUCGCGAACCUUUUACGCAAGCAAAAGAGACCCUCGAACAAAUCAUCAAUGGAACGACAAUGACGUUGGAUGGGAAGAACCUAUGGUCUUCCGAUUUCAAAGCAGAUAGGGGAGUCUACAGGAGGCUUCAGGACAUUGAACAAGACCUUGGAGUCGUUAUCAUCCGUGACAUCAAAUCCUCAAAGUUUCGAGUUUUCGGUCCAGAAGAUAAGUUUCUCCCCGCCUGCGAAGCACUUGACCAGCUUUUGCAAGAAAUCCAGCCUCGAUCAACAGGACACAAUACUGAGAAGUCAAGGACGGAAAGGGCUGCCGAAGGCGACUGUGCAGUCUGUUUCUGUGGAGCUGAUCAAGCACUCACGACUUCUUGUGGACAUAUCUACUGCACGAUCUGCUUUGUUAACAUGUGUCUUGUAGAAGCAUCCAUGAUCGGUGACUUCUCCAUAAAAUGUAUCGGAGACCAAGGAAACUGUAAGAAGGCCAUUCCACUACUGGAGAUCCAGAAUCUGCUUCUUUCAGAGAUAUUUGAGAGUGUCCUAGAGGCCUCGUUUGCAUCUUUUAUGCGCCGACACCAAGACCAGCUCCGCUACUGUCCAACACCCGAAUGCAGCCAGGUUUACCGCAUCGCCCAACCAGAAACACGCGUCCCGCCCAUCUUUACUUGCGCUAAAUGCCUGACAGUAACUUGCACGAGCUGCGAUGUCUCUCACCCGAGAAAGACAUGCGCACAAUAUAAGGGCGAUGCUUCUGGAGGCAUGGCAGAGCUCCUCAAAGCAAAGGAAGAGCUGGGUUUCAAGGACUGUCCCAAAUGUAACACGCAUAUACAGAAAGAUGAAGGCUGCAAUCAUAUCAACUGCUCGGCUUGUGGAGCCCAUAUUUGCUGGCUAUGCUUGAAAACGUUCAGAGACGGGGACGACUGUUAUCAGCAUAUGGGUAGGAUACAUGGGGGAAUUGGCGACGAAGGCGAAGACGAUGACGACGAUGACGACAUCGAGUUUUAAGAAUGAGUUCGCAAAGGAUCAUGUACAUGGGUUGGCGG